CUUCCGCCAUAUUUUUGCGGGUAAUGUCCGCUAAGCGAGACAGCGUUAUUCUUUGCCCUGCAAUAUCCCGGCAUGCAACACCCUCUGGCCCGCCCAGUAUCCGCUCUCCCCUCCCCCUCCCCCUAGCAACACAACCAAGAUGGCGGCGCCCAGUAACGCGGAUCGUUCGCCCGGGAUAUCAAUGCAGUUAAAGAUCCCGAAGACCGAGGCCCCGUCACCGGAAUCACCUGAUCUGAGCGAUGGAAAUCCGUACCAUUCCAACCCGUCGACUCCUACCCGCUUUUCCCCUUUGAACUUGGGUACCCCAAGCUCUGCGAUCGCAGGCCGCGGUAGCUCGGCCUCCGCCUCCAACAGCUUUCCCGCCUGCAGAGGGAUGUCUUGGACACCGUCGGAAACGAACGCGCUGAUCGCCGUUUGGGGCAACGAGCGACUGGCUGAGGCGCGCAUGCAGCAGCUUGAAGGGGCUGGCACGGUGUUUUCCGGCAAGGCGCCGGGGCCUGCCAUGUAUGAACGGGUCUCCCGCGCCCUGGGUGAGCUUGGAUACGAGAGAACGCCUUCCCAGUGUCGAGAACGAAUUAAGGUUCAUAUGCAGUACAUUGUGCCAAGAUAUGUGGACAUAGUGGCUUCUCUGCAGCUAACAUGUUGGACUAGAUGUCAAAAAAAAAAAGAAAAAAGAAACAGCUUUGUUUCCUGCUAUGUACUUGUUGAAAGACCCUUCACCUUAAGACGAUGUUACAGUCGUGUCAAAGAACAUGGUAUUGGCAAACGGAAAAGCAGUUACUCAAUAGAGCAGCUGGAAAAGGUGUUUGGGCAGGGAGGUUGGGACUCACAAACCUGUCAACCUGUAUUAAUAAACAGCAGUGGUCUGUACCAGGAGAUGGAGUCUGAUGGGAGUACAAUGGAGGAUUACUCCCAAGAGGAUUGGGUAAACCAAGAGCUACCAUCCUUCCAGGAGAAAGAGCUGGACACAGAGGAUUUGAGCUUUUCAAAAAAAAGGUCAGUGCAGCUUCGGCAAGAAUCUACAGAGGAACUCCAGAGGCAUGACAUCAUGCAGAACGUGGUGCGUAUCUUAGAGUCGGUGCAGCUCAAAUGGGAACAUUUCCAGACGUGGACUGAUUUUUCUCGGUUACAUCUCUCCAACAAGUUAGCCAUCUUUGGGGUGGGCUACAAUACUCGCUGGCGAGAGGAGAUUCGUUACCACUAUGCUGAAAUCAGCUCCCAGGUGCCUCUGGGAAAGCGCUUACGUGAGUACUUUAAUCCAGAGAAAAGUGAAGGCCGUGUCAUUAUGACCAAGGUGCAGAAAAUGAACUGGAAGAAUGUCUAUUACAAAUUCCUGGACAUCACUAUCAGUGAAGCACGCUGCCUGGAGCUACACAUGGAAGUAGACUGGAUUCCUAUUGCCCACUCACGAGCAACAGGGAGCACCAAUAAUGUGCAAUAUCUCCUUCCUGGAGGUAUCCCCAAGACUCAUGGCCUGUAUGCAAUAGGCUAUGAGCAGGCAUCCACCCCAUCUGCCUCGGAGUGUGGGGACAAUGAAGGGGAAACGGGCAGAUCCCCUGAGAAAGGGGAAAGCAGAGAGCAUGCUGAAUCCUCUGUUCCCAAAGUGACUUACUGUUUCCUUGGCAUUGCUGAGGAUCGGACACUCCAGCAGUGCCUGUUUCAACACUUUCAGAACGGUGGUAAGUACUAUGGCAGAGGAGAGCCAUCAGCCGUCACCAAGUUCCUCACAGGGAACUGCAAUGCACAGCUGGAGGAAGGGGCAGCACCACCGAAAAACAUCUACAUUAAGUUCAUUGAGGUGGAACUGGAUUUUCUGUCUGCAGGAUCCUUAGUGGAGUGUUUGGAAAUAGCAAUUGGAUACUCCUUAAAGUUCAACAAAUAGGGCCUGAGGUGUGGAAUAUUAGCUUCAGGAGAGCGACAAAGCCUUGCAGGAAGGCAACUUGUGUCACCUGUCUGGUUGCAGCUACACUGACUCUCCUUGAGAGUUUUUUUUUUCUUUAUAAAAGAAGGGCAGUCCCACCCAAUGAGUACUAGGGAUGGGGGGGAGAGGAACUGACUUAACUCAACCCACAGAGUUCCCUUCAUGGGAGCCUCUUGCUGCAACGCUGCCUUUUGGACCCAACAGUCUUCUUUUUAUUUUUUUAAAUUCAAUCUAAUACUUCAACCAGAGUGCCAGCAACAACAGAAACUGGAAAAAAAACUGAAAAGCAAAUUAUGAACAGGCUGUGCUGGAGUUUUAGAUAGCAUACCAUGACAAAAUAAUGAGUGUCUAUUGCUUUGAUAUAUUAAUGUGAACAUUCCAGCAUUUCCAGACAUUUCAUAUAAAGAAUUGCUGUAAUAAAAUAUUAUCUACUAUUAA